CGCUUUUAGGGAAAACUCGGUAUUUGUGGGGUACAGGGCGUCGCGGGACUAUUUGCGGGGACUCGAGGGAUAGCUGACCGGAUGUGUACUGAUCUGAACUAAGAUCUGGCAGAAUUAGAGCAUGGACAAUGAAAAGAGCCACGUACAUGCCAGUAUAUUGCAGUUCACCUUGGAAAUUAUCGAUCUCCUGACUGGAGAGGAGUAUAUUAUGGUUAAGAAAUCCAAGGAGAUAGUCCAGCCUGGCAUGAGAAGAAAUCAGAGUCCUAUCAUGGAUCCUCCAUCAGUGGUGUAUGAGAGAAAGAAUGAUGAGAAGAUCCUAGACCUCACCAACAAAAUCAUUGAGCUGCUGACCGGAGAGGUUCCUAUAAGAUACGAGGAUGUUAUUGUCUGUUUCUCCAUGGAGGAGUGGGGGUAUGUAGAAAAGUACAAGGAUCUAUACAAACACGUCUUGAUGGAGGAUCAUCAGAUCAUGAGCUCACAAAGUGGAUCACCUAAUGAACUGCAUGCCAGUGAGCUAUCUAGCUGCUUCGACUCAAAAGAUAUUAGUGUCCCUUGUGAUACUAUUGAAAUGUGUGUCAGUAUGAACAAAAUCGGAGAAUCUUGGGGCAUGCCUGAGUACCAUAUCAAAGAGGAAUCCAUUUUAGAUGAACAUGGAAUUCCUGAAGACCUCUUCAUGUUUCCUUCUCACUCUUUAGAUGUUGCUGCUCAGCUAAGUCUUCUUAAUGGAAAUCCACACUUGCCCAUGGAAAAUGGCUUUGGAGAACAAGUGGAAAAUCAGGUGGUCCAAGAAAGGCCACCAGUAAUUUGUUCUUAUUGUGGAAAGGUCUUUAGUAACCAAUACAGACUUUGUGUCCACCAGAGAACACACACAGGGGAGAAACCAUUCCAGUGCCCAGAGUGUGGUAAAUGUUUUGCUCGACGCUCUGGUCUUUUGAUGCAUCGAAGGAUUCAUACAGAUGAGAAGCCCUUCAUUUGUCCAGAGUGUGGCAAAUCUUUUAAGCAGCCAACAGCUCUUACUAAUCAUUUGCGGAUUCAUACUGGGGAGAAACCGUAUUCUUGUCCUGAAUGUGGUAAAUGUUUUUCAGUGAAUUCUAGCAUGAUCAUACACCUGAGGAGCCACACUGGAGAGAGACCAUACACAUGUUCAGAGUGUGGUAGAAGUUUUGGGUAUAAAAGUAGCCUUCUUGACCAUCAGAGGGGUCACCGUAAUGAGAGGUCUUUGUCAUGUCAAGUAUGCGGUAAAUGCUUCAUAUACAAAACAAACCUUUUUAGACAUCAAAGGAUUCACAGGCAAUAGGAUACUUCAUGCUUAUGGAAUACAGGACAAGAACCAGUGACGGUACUGUUUCCUUUUUCUGAAUCUGGACCAUUUUCUUCCAGUCUCUAAUUUGACUGCCUUAUAAUUUAUACGUUGUUCUACAAUACCGGGAUUGUCAAAGACAUUUUCUAUAACCCCGCACCCUAGUCCAUCAUUGAAGUCUUUAAAGAGAAAGGCUUCAUGCUGUGAAGCAAGGAAUGUUGAAGUUGAUAGAUACUUACUGUAUUUGUUCACUUUAUAAGACUCACCUGAUAAUAAAACGCACCUAGGUUUUUG